AUGGCGGCGGUCUCCGGACGCGCCGCGCGGAUCCCCGGUGGAGUCACCGGAGUCACCGGCCGUAGCGAUGGCGGUCAGGCGGUCUUGCGCAGCCGCGGCAGCGUUCAUGAGGCCAAGCGGGAAAUCUUCGGCGCCGAGGCCAACGGCGAGACGCGCCGGAGCUGCGGAGAGGUGCCAGAAGGGAAAUUGGCCAAGGGUCCCGGCGUCAUGGCGAACCCCGGCGGAGCCGCGGAGUGCGAGAAGGGCGGGAAAUGUAUGUUCAAGUUCGCCAAGUGCACCAAAUGCGGCCGCGGCGAGUGCGGCAUGGCGGGCCCCGACUCCCGGCGCUCGUCGACCACCUCCACCGCCUCCAGCGAGAACGCGGCACGCGUGGUGCCGGUGACGAAGCCAAGGCCACAGAGCCCAACCUUGGCGGCAGCAGCGCUCGUGGUCAAGGAGACCAAAUCAGAAGAAGAGGAAGCCCCAAGAUAUGAGGCAACCAAAGCUUCCGCGGGCACCGGUGAUGAUCGCACCCGAGUGACCUGCCAUGUGUGUGGCUACAAGUCGGUGCCACAAUGGUUGAAUGACAAGGCCCACUGCAUCCUGACCCGUAGCAGCAUCCAUGGCGAUCCGGACAUGCCCGAGAACAUCUUGAAGGACCUCUCCUCCGGCCGGGCACCCGGCGAGGCGAGCACCUACAAACAGGCGCCUGGAAGUGCCAUGGAGUCGGCCAGUGGAAGUUGCAGCAAGGCGCCCGAUGGAAUCCACCAUUGGAAGUAUGGGAAGUGCAACUUCUGUCAGCAACCAGAAGGUAAACUGGUCAAAGGCUCAGGCGUGAUCGCGAACCCCGGGGGUGCAGGUGGAUGUAGUAAGGAUGGCGGCAAGUGUAUGUUCCUUGUCUUAGCUUUGCAAGGUAGCAUUUUCGUCCAAUUCAGUAUCAUUCUGUGCCCCUCCCAAUUGAGUUGUGAUAGUCGUGUGAUAAUUAGUUGUGUGUUUGUGUGGAUAUUGGAGUUUGGAUGA